CUUGCAACAGUGCCUGUCAUGCCCAAGUUCACGGCAACCCACAUCAGCGACGAAGUCGACAUUCGACUCACGGAUGCGAACAAAGCGUUCACUCCCACUACCCUCGUGCACCAACUCACAGCCACGGCGACCAAAUUCUCCGCUCAAGAAGCUCUCCAUUACAAGAAGAAUGACGUGUGGGAAGCGUACACGUGGGCGCAGUACCACAACUUCAACCUUCGAUUCGCGAAAGCGUUGCGCCACAUCGGUUUUGAGCAAUUCGACACGGUGUCCAUUUCGGGCUUCAACGCCCCCCAAUGGUUCUUUGCGUUCAUGGGAGGGUUGUAUCUCGGUGGUGCGGCCACGGGUAUCUACACCACCAACAACGCAGCCACGUGUCAAUAUGUGUUGUCCAACUCGAACGCCAAGGUGGUUGUGUGCGACGAUGACGCGCAGCUCAAGAAGUUCAUCUCCAUUGCCGACCAAUUGCCCAACCUCAAGGCCAUCGUCGCUUGGAAGGCCGACCUCGUGGCCGCCGGUGCCGCCGCGUCCGCCGUCCCCGUGUACUCGUUCGAGUCGUUCUUGGAACUAGGCCAAGAUGCGUCGGAUGCAUCCAUCACGGACGACUUUGACAAGAUCCACCCCGGUCAUUGCGCGUCCCUCAUUUACACGUCCGGCACGACGGGCAACCCCAAGGGUGUGAUGCUGUCCCAUGAUAACGUCACGUUCACGACCGCGACCGUCAACUCUGGGUUUCCUGGCGGCGCCGGCUUCUUCACGAGCACCGAGCGCCUCGUGAGCUUCCUCCCCCUGUCGCACAUUGCCGGCCAAUUGCUCGACAUUGGCCAGCAAGCGUACUAUGGGUUCCACAUCUACUUUGCCGAGCCGGACGCGCUCAAGGGAUCGUUGGGCAAGACUCUAAAGGAAGUGCGUCCGACGUACCUACUGUCUGUGCCUCGAGUGUGGGAAAAGAUCUUUGAAAAGAUGUCUGACGUCGGCCGCUCGACCACGGGACUCAAAAAGUCGAUAGCCACGUGGGCCAAAUCGAUUGGUUCGGAGAAGUCGCGACUGAGCGAGUACGGCAACAGCGGCGGGGUCCCCUGUGGCUUUUCUAUCGCGAACGCGCUCGUGUUGUCCAAGGUCAAGGACGCGCUGGGACUGGACGAAUGCAAGGCGUUCUACUCGGGCGCGGCGCCGCUGACCCCCGAAGUGGUGGCGUACUUUGCAUCGCUGGACAUGCCGCUGUUCGAAGCCAUGGGACUGAGUGAGACGACGGGCAUCUCGUUUUACAAUUAUGCACAUCGCUGGAAACCAAACUCGAUCGGACCGGCCAUCGCCGCCACUGAAGCGCGGGUGAACGCCGACACGAACGAGUUGCAGAUCCGAGGUCGCCAUGUGAUGAUGGGGUACUUGAACAACCCGGAGCAAACUGCCGCCGCCAUCGACGCCGACGGGUGGCUAUCGUCGGGCGACUGCGCGCGGAUCGACGCCGACGGGUUUGGGUUCAUCACUGGCCGCAUCAAGGAGCUCAUCAUCACGGCGGGCGGUGAGAACGUGCCCCCGGUGCUGCUGGAAAGCGCGAUCAAGGAGGAACUGCCGAUCGUGGGCCACGCCAUGGCCAUCGGGGACAAGCGCAAGUUUCUCACGGCGCUCGUGUCGCUGCGGGUGGUCAUGGACGACCAGGGGGCGCCCACGACGCAGCUGGACGCGUCCGUGGUGCGCAUCCUCACGGAGCUCGGGUCGUCCGCCACCACCACCGCCGACGCGUACGCCGACCCGCUGGUGCUCCAGCAUAUCGACGACGGAAUCAAGCGCGCCAACCUCAAGGCCGCGUCCCGCGCGCAGUGGAUCCAAAAGUACAAGUUUGUACCCGACUUUAGCGUACCUAACGGCGAACUCACCCCCACGCUCAAGAUCAAGCGCGCGGUUGUGGCCAAGCAAUACGCGCAACUCAUCGAUUCGCUUUACGAAUAACGUUAAGAUGACAGAGAAUGAAUGACGCCGUUGAUAUAUACCAGUAUCUAUCUGCUCAAGGGAUUGUGUUAUACGGUAUCUAUCUGCUCAAGGGAUAAACAACCAAUGUCAUUGUGGAUUCGAU